GAACUUACAUUCUUAAAGCCAACAACUUACAAUUUUUUGAAAUUUUAUUAUCGAGAAAAUUUAAGUUUACUUCGUUCGAACUUUAAAAACAACUCAAAUCCAACGAUAUGAAGAUCUUUCAACUUUUGUUUAUCUUCGGUUUAAUAUUGGCCGCAGUCUGCUCGGUCACAAGUGCACAGGAAGAAGAUGCACCAAAACGUAAAUUCUGUCCUUGUCCACGCAACUACGAUCCGGUGUGCGCCAGUAAUAUGGUGACUUAUUCCAAUCGCUGUGAGUACGACUGCGUAAGGCGCCAAGCAGAAAGAAGUGGACGUUCAUUACCAUUAUUGCGUAAUGGACCAUGCUAAGGAUAUUUGGACCAGAAAAAAAAAAAAUGAUUUUGUUAUUAAUUAUUUGAUGUGUGAAUUUUGUUUUAAAUUAAUCUAUUAAAUAUU